AUGGUGAGUUUCUUCACCUGCACCACACCUGAGAGAACCUGUACUCAGACUCUCAGGUACUCAGACUCUCAGAUACUCAGACUCUCAGACACUCACUCAGACUCUCAGAUAGUCAGACUCUCAGACACUCACUUAGACUCUCAGACACUUAGAUACUCAGACUCUCAGACACUCACUCAGACUCUCAGGUACUCAGACUCUCAGGUACUCAGACUCUCAGGUACUCAGACUCUCAGGUACUCAGACUCUCAGAAAGACCCCAAUGGGCUGCGAGGCUUGAACCCAGAGUCUUCUUUCUGUGAGGUUGAUGAGCCUGUGGAAAUGCUCCCAAAAUCCAGAAAAGCGCUCAGCAUCCAGGAGAUCGCAGCUUUGGCCAGAUCAUCACUCAAUGGCAUCUCUCAGGUGGUGAAGGAUCAUGUGACCAAACCGACAGCGAUGGCUCAGGGUCGAGUGGCUCACCUGAUCGAGUGGAAAGGCUGGUCCAAACCGUUAGAGCCGUCGGCUGCUACGUUGCAGUCGCAUUUUAAUUCCUACUCACACCUGAGUGAGGGAGAGCAGGAGGCCCGCUUCGCAGCAGGCGUCGCAGAGCAGUUUGCUAUUGCAGAAGCUAAACUCCGAGCCUGGAAUUCUGUGGAUGAGGAGGAUGUGGAGGAAGACUGCUCUGAGGAGGAACUCGCUCACAAUAACGAGUUAACAGUCACCACCCAGAGCUCCAACACCGUGCUGUCCAAUCAGGAGAGCUCUACGCGAUGCCAGCCUGAAACGAAUCAGAACAUCAGUGAGGAAUCCAGCGUCAUCCUGAGUCACUCAGACGGCCAUCAAAAUGCACAACAACAACAAAGAACCAUAGAAGAAGUACAGAUCCCAGCAGAAGAUCUCCAGCUGUCAUCAGACGAGAUCCAGAAGCUCAAGUGCAGGUCCUUCUGGAGCAGAGGUGAUUCUUGCUACCACUCCGCCUCCUACUCCGAGUCUGGGUUAUCUCCAGAGGAGGAAAGGGAACAGGAAGUGGAGGACAAUGUCUUUCAGGAGGUGAUCUGCUUGUACAGCAUGUCUGAUACGUCAGGAGCUGUGUCCUUCGAUGAUGAGGUGGACGUGGAGGACGGUGAAAUGUCCAGGCAGUGAUGAUGCUCUCCUCUCUUCAUAUCUGGAUACGUAUUGUCCCUUUAGUGUCCCCUCGUUCUGUCAAUCAUCUGGACACCUGGUGAACAGAUUA